AUGGACGCACGUUUGCCGUCCCCGCCCAGCCUAAUGGGCGAAUUGAACAACAAAAACUACCGAAAUGAUGCCACCGACUCCGGUUGGAGGGUUUUGGGCGACAGGAAGGUGUGGAAAGCUGAUUGGACGGAGUACGAUGCUCGAAAAUCGCGACAUCUGAGCCAGGAAAAAUUGACUGCAAAGGCUAGUAAGCGGAGAAAGCAGAAAAGGGCCUACCAAAAAAUGUUCAACAAAAACAACAACUCACACAAUCAUAGAAGAAACAACAACAACAACAACUACAACAGAAACAACAACGACUACAACUGCAACACCAAUCACGCCAACAACAACCACAACAACAAAAACAACAACAACAACAGCAAACAUAACAUCAACCACAACAACAACAAUUUUGGCAACAACAACAACAAUAACAUAUCUAACAAUUAUCGAAACAACAACACUAACCGUAACAGUUUCCACAGCAGUGUUAGUCAGAAUAGAAACAACCUACUGCCACCUGAUCGAGAGCUUCUUGCGGCAGCGAAAGAUCGGUUUUCCAGACCGCCGCAGGCUAACUAUCGACCCACAAUGCAAUUCCAACGAGGGGAAAUCCUAAACCCCUACCCGUCGUGCGAUGUUUACCCACGUACCGUUUCAGCGCACUUGCAUAACGGGAUGGCUGCAACUGCAUCAUGCGAGGCGUGUGUAUGCAGGAAUUCGUGUUUUGUACGAAAUUGA